CACCAUGUUUUUUAACAGAUGUAUAUACAUUGGCUUUGCUCUGGUUACCGCGUCCAUUUUCACUAUAAUCACAGUUCUGAAUUCCAGUAAAUGUCCUUUAUAUAAACUAGCCAUUAGUAAUAUCAGCGUGGCUAGGAGUGCGACUCAGGACACACUCGAGUGUGAAGAUAUCGAACUUGAGAAGAAAGUGAAGCAAAGAGGUCAAUUCUUAGUCUUCGAGAAUUUCGUAAUGGCGGAAGCUCAGUUCAAGUGUGGGGACAGCAUCACCCUGACAGCUCCUGGGGAUUACAGGUUUCUGGAUAACGUUGUGCAUUUGGUGGAGAGAUGGGAGGGGCCCAUUAGUGUCGCGUUGUACGCGCCUGGGUCCGAUUUUUUUACAACCCUCCACUGUAUAGCGUACUUAAGGACUUGUACCACUCCUCUUGUACGCGAGUUUGUGACGUUUCAUUUGUUUUUCGAGUUCGAGCACAUGCCAAAGGAGAAAAGCUCAUCACUGAUCGAUAUCUUUGAAGAUACCUUUGACUGCAGCUUGAAACCUCCUUACGAAGUAUUAAAAGACAAGGACAUGUACAAAGAAAAAAACAACCUAACUUACCCCAUAAAUACUGCUAGGAACAUAGCAAGAACAGCAGCACAAACUCAUUUCGUCUUCCCUUCGGACAUAGAACUCUACCCCACAAGGAACUUCAUCCCAAUGUUUCUAGCUUUCAUAAGACUGCACCCGGAAUACGCCCAAAAAGAUUCAAAGAAUGUGUUCGUGUUGCCUAUUUUUGAGGUGAAGACAAAUGAGAAAGUACCAGAAAGCAAGACACAUUUACGCGACAUGUUCGAGAAGAAAAAGGCCAAUUUGUUUCACCGAGGUAUGUGUACCCCGUGUCAUAAAAUUCCUGGUCAUGAGGAGUGGUUGAAUGCAGAAGAAACUACAGGUUUAAAUGUGUUUAAUGUCACGAAAAGGCAAGGGAGAAAUAAGGUUUGGGAACCUUUCUUCGUCUGCACCCAGAGAGAGCCGCUGUGGGAUGAACGACUAAACUGGGAAGGCCAAGGAAACAAAAUGUGUCAGGUUUACGCCCUGUGUAUACACGAUUACAAUUUCAUGAUUCUAGACAACGCGUUCUUGAUCCACAAACCAGGUGUUAAAAAGAAAAAGGUUCAGGUGGUGAAGCAUAUGAAGGAGAUACAAAGGAAUAACAGAAUGCUGUCAAAAAUCCAAAAGGAAAUGCAAAACAUUUUUGGGCCAAAUACAAACUGCAAGAUACACUGAUACACAAGUGAAUUAAAAAUAGAGUUAACACGGGAGAUGUAUUUAUUAAAUUUAUUUAUUGAAAUAGUUCUUAUGAUAGCUCGAGUUUUCGAGAUACAAAACCUGUGAUAUUACAUGUAUUUCGUAAAUAUUUAUUACAAUAUUUUUAUUUUUGAAGGAUUAUAGACUAUAAAAGUGAAUUGAAGUUGAUUUUAAUGAGAUUUAUUUAUCAGUAAUGUUUAACGAUAUUUGUACAGUGCUUAAUAUUUGUAACAUUUUCCUCAUCCAGUCUUAUGUUUUAUUUUAUAAUUGAAGCCUAGAAGUUAGGGAGUAGGAUGAUUAAAAAAUUUCAUAAUG